CCGUUUCUCCGAAACAACCGCUCUCCUCGCCACCACCUCCUGCCGAUCCUCUCCUCUCCUCCUCCUCCUCCAAGACUGGAUCGAAUCGAUCCUAGCUUUACUUGAAUUACUUCUCUGUCUAGAUUCAACAAGUCCAAACAAGCCACGGAUAAUGCAAGUUGAUCGAGAGUAACUACUGACGCGAGCUGAUCUGUUCGUCGAUCGAUCGUCUCUCUGUCAAUCUCCAGGUUGUUGGGCUUUUGAUCGCCGUUUGAAGUGGUCUUAAAUUUGCUCCAUCUUUCGAACGGGUUCUUCUGCUCUCUCCCUCCCGGCUACUACUGGUCAAUAAUAGGCAAAUAGUUAAUCUGUGGGGGGCCAUCAUCUUCGUCUCCAUCGCGAGGUCUUUUCGGUUGCAUCAGCAGCGUCAUCGCCUGGCUUUAUUUCCUCUCGAUCGGCUCUCGCUUCCCUGUACGUAACCCUCUUUGAUCCUAAUCUCCUGCUGCCCAUAAUUCAAUCUGCCUUUUGACAUUGGUCGUCGGCUCCCUCGUCCCUACGUGCUCGUUCCUUGAAACUUCCUUGCUCACCGAUCGCCGGAACGGACCGGUCGUUGCGCGCGGCUCCAUCAAAAAGGUUGCGCGCGCGAGCCAUGCAUCAGGAGCUAUAGCAUCUGCUACCGAUCGGUCCGCAGAUCGGUCGCCCCAGAGCGUGGCGGUUGGUAGCCGGCGGUAGAUCGGGCGCCAUGCAGCAGGCGAACGGCCGCGGCGAGCAGCACUCGCCGAGGUCGGCGGCGGCCGGCUGGCCGUCCCCCCGCGGCGGCGGGGGCGAGCAUUACUCCCCGUCGCCGUCCAAGACACCGCGCGGCGGCGCGGCGUCCCCGAAGCUGCCGGCCAGCGCGGCGUGGCUGGUGGACAGCCGGUGGGCGCUCUCGGCCGCGCUCAGCCUGCUGCUGUUCCUGGCCGUCGCGCUCGCCGUGACGUGCUUCUCGUCGUCGUCGCCGCCGUACGUCUCCGCGUCGGCCUUCUUCUCCUCCUCCGACCAGGCCCACAUCCACGUGAGCCAGCAGCAGGAGCAGCCAGAGUCCCUCGCCGCCGCGGCGAACGCGACCACCGCCGCCUCCCCGCCGCCGCCGUCGCCGCCGCCCGGCGCCGACCUGCCGCGGCUGGCGUACCUGAUCUCCGGGUCCAAGGGCGAUCUGGACCGGCUGUGGCGCGCGCUGCACGCGCUGUACCACCCGCGGAACCAGUACGUGGUGCACCUGGACCGCGAGGCCCCCGUGUCGGAGCGGCUGGCGCUGGCGGCCCGCGUGUCCAACAGCACCGUGUUCCGGCGCGCCGGCAACGUCCACGUCAUCCGCCGCGCCAACAUGGUGACCUACCGCGGCCCCACCAUGGUGGCCAACACGCUGCACGCCUGCGCCAUCCUCCUCCGCCGCGGCGGGGCCUGGGACUGGUUCAUCAACCUCUCCGCCUCCGACUACCCGCUCAUGACCCAGGACGAUAUCCUGCAAGUCUUCUCGACGGUGCCCAAGAACGUCAACUUCAUCGAGCACACCGGUUACUUAGGCUGGAAGGAGGGGCAGAGGGCGCGUCCUCUGAUCGUGGACCCGGGGCUGUACGGGUCGAAGAAGCAGGACAUCUUCUGGGCGUCGCCGAAGCGGGAGCUCCCCACGGCGUUCAAGCUCUUCACGGGGUCGGCGUGGGUGGCGCUGUCGCGGGACUUCGUGGAGUACACGGUGUGGGGGUGGGACAACCUGCCCCGGACGCUGCUCAUGUACUACGCCAACUUCGUCUCCUCCCCGGAGGGCUACUUCCAGACGCUCAUCUGCAACGCGCCCCGGUUCGUGCAAACCGUCGCCAACCACGACCUCCACCACAUCCAGUGGGACGUGCCGCCGCGCCAGCACCCGCACGCGCUCGCGCUCGCCGACCUGCCGGCCAUGGUGCGCAGCGGCGCGCCGUUCGCCAGGAAGUUCCCCAGGGACGACCCCGUGCUCGACGCCAUCGACGCCGAGCUCCUCGGCCGCCCGCCGCGCCCCGCCGCCGGCGGCGGCAACGGCAACGGCACCGCCCCCGCGGCGGCGGCGGCGGCGACGUUCGUGCCCGGCGGGUGGUGCGGCGGCGACGCGAGCUGCGGGAGCGUGGACAACGACUGGGUGCUCAGGCCCGGGCCCGGCGCCGAGAGGUUCCAGAGGCUCAUCGAAAGGAUCGUCAGGUCUGAGGCCUUCCCCAACAGGCAGUGCAAGUAGUGCUAGGUCAUACUGUGUGCGUUUCUUUACCUUGUGGAUCCUCGUCAGUGUACAAACAAACACCAACAGAUUGGAACAUGUAAUUGAGAUGGUGAUCA